AUGGCAGAGCUCUUACUUGAUGCCGUCCUCCAAGUGCUGUUUGAGAAAUUGCUGUCUCCAGAGUUUCUGAAUUUUGCACGUCGAUACCAGGGACUUGGGGAAAAGCUGGACAAGUGGAGGAAAAUGUUGUUGAGAAUUCAGGCCGUGCUUGAUGAUGCGGAGGAGAAGCAACAUACUAACAAGGCGGUGAAGCAGUGGGUGGAUGAUCUCAGAGACUUGGCUUACGAUGUGGAAGACAUACUUGAUGAGUUCGCCACAGAAGCUUUGCAACGCAAAUUGAAGGGAGGAGAUGAUCAGGCCAGCACAAGUAAGGUACGGAAACUCAUCCCUGCUUGUUGUACUGGUUUGACUCCACAUGCUCUUAGGAUCAGCAUUAGGAUUGAGUCAAAGAUCACUGAAAUUACCGAUCGAUUCAACGAUCUCGUGAAGCAAGAAGUUGACUUGGGAUUAUUGAAAGGAACUGCUGCUGGGAGGAAAUAUAGGAAAACAGGGACUCUGGCGCCAACAUCUGUCAUGAAUGAACCUCAUGUUUAUGGCAGGGACAAAGAUAAAGAUGCUUUACUUGAACUGUUGCGGAGUGAAAAAUGUAGGGAUGCUCAACUCUCUGUGAUUUCUAUACUUGGUAUGGGGGGUUUAGGAAAAACAACUCUUGCCCAGUUUUUAUUCCAAGAUGAAGAAGUGCAAAAAAAUUUUGAUCCAAAAGUAUGGGCUUGUGUUUCUGAAGAUUUCGAUGUUGACAGAGUCACAAAAACAAUUUUACAGUCUCUCAAUAUUGAGAACUGUGAUGGCAAGGAUAGAAAUUGGUUGCAAGUCAGACUCGAGGAGAAUCUGAAAGGGAAGAAGUUUCUAGUGGUUCUGGAUGAUCUUUGGAAUGAGAAAUAUCAUGACUGGACUAUCUUACGUGCUCCUUUCCUAGUCGGGGCUCCAGGAAGUACAAUCAUCAUCACAACUCGCAAUGAGGGAGUUUCAUCAAUGACAAGCACUGUCCCGGCUUACCCUUUGCAUGUGUUAUCAAAUGAUGCUUGUUUGUCUUUAUUUACCCAACACGCAUUGGGGGCAAGUGAUUUCAACGGACAUCCAAACCUUCAAGAUAUUGGUGAGGAAAUUGUUAAAAGGUGUAAUGGGUUGCCUUUGGCAGCAAAAGCACUCGGAGGCCUUCUACGCACUAAACAUGAUCGUGAUGAGUGGAAGGAUGUGUUGGAGAGCAAGAUAUGGAAUAUACAAGAAAAAAAUGAAAUUUUGCCCGCUCUUAUGUUGAGCUACCACCAUCUGCCUUCACAUUUAAAAAGAUGCUUUGCAUAUUGUUCAAUACUCCCGAAGGACUUUGAGUUUGAAGAGCAGCAAUUGGUUCUAUUAUGGAUGGCAGAAGGUUUAAUUCAGUCUCAAGAACGAAUGGAAGAUUUGGGCAACGAGUAUUUUCGUGAUCUAUUGUCGAGGUCCUUUUUCCAACAGACAAGCGAGGAUGGAUCACGAUUUGUGAUGCAUGACUUCAUCAACGAUUUGGCUCAAUGGGUUGCCGGAGAUAUAUGUUUUAGAAUGGAGGAUAGAAUUGGGGGUAGUAAUGGAAAGAGGCCUCCUAAAAAGGCUCGGCAUUUGUCUUACUUGGGUGGUCAAUUUGAUGGUAUUGGAAAGUUUAAGGCUUUUUUUGAACUCACAUGUCUACGUACCUUCCUACCUCUUAUGCUUCCAAGUUAUCGAGAGUGUUAUUUGACUUAUGAUGUUUCCCUUAAAUUGUUGCCAAAAUUACUAUGCUUAAGAGUGCUCUCUUUGAGUGGGUAUUGCAUAGUUGAGCUACCCGAUUCAAUUGGUGAUUUGAAGCAUUUACGGUACCUUGACCUUUCUAACACUCAAAUUAGAGGCUUGCCUAAAUCAACAACCACUCUUUACAACUUACAAACAUUGAUAUUAGAGAAAUGUCAUUAUCUAAAGGAAUUGCCUUCAAAGUUGGGGAACCUAGUCAACUUGCGCCACCUCAACAUUCUAAAUGCAAAUUUGCUAAAAGGAAUGCCUCCUCAAAUAAGUAAAUUAACUAGUCUCCGGAUAUUGUCUAAUCUAAUUGUCGGAAAAGGCAAUUGCUUCGCAUUAAAAGAGCUAGGUCCUUUGUUGCAUCUUCGAGGGACACUCAUCAUCUCAAGAUUGGAGAAUGCCAUUGAACCAAGGGAUGCAAGGGAUGCUAAGUUAAUUGAAAAGCCCGAUCUUUCUGCUUUGUGUUUGGAAUGGAGUGGUAGCAUGGGCAAGUCAAAAGACAGAACAAGUGAAUUAGACGUACUUAACAUGUUACAGCCUCACAAGACUUUGAAAGAGCUCACUAUCAGGCACUAUGGUGGUAUAGAAUUUUCGACUUGGUUAAAAUGUCCUUUAUUUCCUAAUUUAGUGCUCCUAAGGAUUGAAAAUUGUAGAAAGUGCACAUCAUUGCCGGCAGUUGGCCAACUACCAUUACUCAAAGAUCUUUUCAUCAAAGGCUUGGGUAGUGUGAAAAAUGUUGGUCAUGAGUUUUGUGGGGAAGGUUGCUCACAAACCUUUAGAUCUUUGGAGACUUUGUGUUUCGAGAAUAUGAAAGAAUGGGAAAAUUGGAGCCCUAAUGGAGAGUUACCGCACCUGCGUGAGCUUUCUAUUAAAUACUGUCCCAAGCUGUUGGGGACGUUACCAAACCACCUUCAUUCACUACAAAAUGUUGUUAUAAAAGGAUGUGAGCAGUUGAUAGUUUCAAUUUCAAGCUUUCCAGAGCUCUGCAAACUAGAAAUUGAAGGAUCAAAAGGGGUGGUGUGCAAAAGUAAGGUGGACUUCACCUCACUAAACUCUCUUUCAACAAUUUCAAAAUUCAGAUGUUCAGUAGAAGGGUUUAUGAAUGUAGAAGAUCUAACUAUUGGAGAUUGUGAGGAGCUAAUGCCUUUGUGGUCAAAUGAAGUGGGAUUACUACAACCCCUCCCCUGUCUUCGUGAUAUGCAAGUUAUCAAUUGUCAAAAACUAGUAUCUUUGGUGGCAGAAGAAGUGAAAGAGCAGCCACAACAGGGUACGUCAUCCACACGCAAUGGCAUGGAAUCUUUACCCAAGGCAGUGGUGUACAACAACACGUGUCUUGAGCGUAUUAAGAUUGAUGGAUGUGAUUCGCUGACGCACAUAGCAGUAGGACAGCUACCUCCAACUCUAAAGAAGCUAACGGUACUGAAUUGCAAGAAUAUGCAGAUUUUGCUGGACGGGGAUGAUACCAUCAAUUGUAGCAGCAGCAAUUCUCUUCUUGAGGAGUUGUCUAUUAAUGACUGUCCGUCCCUCAAAUCCUUAACAUCCAGCGGAGAAUUACCUGCAACACUCAAAAGCCUUGAAAUGGGGGAUUGUAAAAUGCUAGAGUCAGUGGCGAAAAGCUUCCCUCACAACUCGUCUUUAGAAAAAAUUGCUAUUUGGAGGCCAUACCCAACUGCAUACACAACAUCACAUCUCUUCAAGCAUUGA